UCCAAGCCUGCACCACGCGCCCUUGUCAAGCACUCUGAAAAGGAUACAUGACUCUGGACAAAACGCUUUCUUGUUACCUUAUUUUUUUAUAUUCCAAUUCACUAAAUAACCAGAUAUGAGUGAAUCUAUUUAUAUGAUAGUUUAUAAGCUACUGUACUAUAGUUGAUAGGAUAUUUUCAGCUAUUUAACGUUUUUGAACACUUGGUAUGUGUGUUUUGAGAAGAACAAUAGAACGAUGAAAUUUCCAUUAGAAAACCCUCGGAAACAAGUAAAUUGGGACCCAGAACAAGUGGCAGUCCAAACCAACUUGGAGCCACCAAAUAAGGUCCAAUCAGAGAUGAUCCAAUCCACCUUGGUCCAGGCCAGCGUGGCAGCCAUGCAAAAUCCCAUGGGCUGUGAUUUCAAGGCCAACGUGCACUGCCCUCUGCCGCGCCUCUCCAUCUCUUCCCGCUCCGCCAGCGUGGUGGCCAGCAUGGACGCCAGCACAGACGGCCUGGCGGCCCUCCACUCCGUGAUGAAGUGGAAGACGGUGGUGGCGGUGUUCGUGGUGGUGGUGUUCUACCUGGUGGGUGGCGGGCUGGCCUUCCAGGCACUGGAGAAGCCCUUUGAGAGCAACCAGAAGGACAGCAUCACCCUGGAGAAGGCCUCGUUCCUGCUGAGGCACCGCUGCGUCACCCCCGCUGAACUGGAGGCUCUGAUCAAGCAUGCCAUAGACGCUGUGAGCGCCGGGGUGAGUCCCAUAGGAGACACCUCCUACAACUCCUCCCACUGGGACCUGGGCAGCGCCUUCUUCUUCGCUGGCACAGUCAUCACCACCAUCGGUUAUGGUAACAUAGCCCCCAGUACUGAGGGAGGUAAGAUAUUCUGUAUCCUGUAUGCCAUAUUUGGCAUCCCGCUAUUCGGUUUCCUGCUGGCAGGGAUUGGUGACCAGCUGGGCACCAUCUUCGUGAAGAGCAUUCUGAAGGUGGAGAGGAUUUUUAAGCAAAAACACAAACAGAUCAGCCAGACGAAGAUCCGAGUGACGUCCACCAUCCUCUUCAUCCUGGCCGGCUGCAUAGUCUUUGUCACGAUCCCGGCCGUCAUAUUCAAACACAUCGAGGGAUGGACCACUCUGGAAGCCAUCUACUUUGUGGUCAUCACUCUCACCACUGUCGGCAUAGGAGACUAUGUAGCCGGUGGUGACCGAAGAAUCGACUACAUGAAGUGGUACAAGCCAGUGGUGUGGUUCUGGAUCCUGGUGGGCCUGGCGUACUUUGCGGCGGUUUUGAGCAUGAUUGGGGACUGGCUCAGGGUUCUGUCCAAAAAGACCAAGGAGGAGGUGGGGGAGUUCAAGGCCCACGCGGCCGAGUGGAAGGCCAACGUGCGGGCGGAGUUCCGCGAGACGCGCCGGCGCAUGAGCGUGGAGAUCCACGACAAGCUGCAGCGGGCGGUCACCAUCCGCAGCAUGGAGCGCCGUCAGCUGGGGCUGGAGCAGCGGGCCCACUCCCUGGACAUGCUCUCGCCCGAGAAGAGAGCCGUGUUCGCCAGCCUGGACGCGGGCCGCUUCAAGACGUCCUCUCAGGAGAGCAUCGACACCAAGUUGAACAACCUGCGUGUGCGGGGGGCCGUGGAGCCCUACGAGGAGCGUCGGCGGAGCAGCGAGCAGCCCCAGCGGGCCUCGCCCUCGUCCUCCGACGACAACCUCUUCAACCUGCGCUUCGGCUCGCUCACCAAGCUGUCCAAGCGUCAACGCAACCAGGACCUGCGGCAGAACGUCCCGGAAGACGUGCGGUUGGCGUGCGAGGCCAUGGGUGGGGGAGGAGGUGGCGCUGGCACAGCCCUGGGAGAACAGAAGGAUGAAGGACAGAGAGAGGGACAGCUGGAGGAGGACGAGGAGGAGGAGAGGAAGGAAGCCAACAUCAGUUUGACCAAUCUGCCAACAUGCACGGCAGAUCGCGUUAACCUGAACGGCUUUGUGCCAGCUCAGGCCAAAGAGAGAGAGAACGAGAAAAUACUGGAAGGAAGAAACCUUCAGCCUCAGACAAGCCCAUAAAAAUGCUCAGAUGCAGAUUCAGAAAGAGAAAGAUAGAAAGAGAGAGGGUGCGAGAAAGACAGUGAGAGAUGCAACGAUAGCAGGACGUUGAGGGGCAGUUUUUUUUUUCAUUGUCUUGAAAUGUGCCUUUUCUGUUUUCUCCGCGUAGAUCUGGGCAUGCUCUGAAGUCUCUCUAGGCUAAGUUAACAGUCACUGUGUCCUAGUGACGGAGAAACGUCAGAUUUGUUGCCAAAAAUAGACAUGAUGGAAGAGACAGAGGACGAGGCUAUGGUCAUAUGCCGUACGUCUCAUGAAUAAAACAACACCUCUACAUAUGCUUUCCAUUCCCCCAAACUCAGUUGCCAAGACGCUUUCCCCCUCUGCGUACUUGACGAAAACGACAAGACAACGUGGAAACAUUCUCUUCGACUUGGGGGCUGAUGUGAGCCAGUGACCCAGAGACCCUCCAUCUCACCCUCGGCUGAAUUCCUCACAAACAUAUCGAUCUACACUUUGCCAUCUAAUACCGCAGGAGCUAUUUUUAGCAUCAGGCGAUGGAGCUGCUGGGUUAACCUGAGUAAUAAGAAAGACUUGUGGGGGGGGGGGGUUGGGCGCUGGGUCAAUAGACAAUAUAGUGUUCAUUUAUUUAAGUACUAAUAUUCUUACACGAUAGGAUUAUGAAUAAUAACUGUGCUAAGAGCUCACGCCAAACAAGAAUAUUACUCUGUGUGCAUGGUAUUUUAAAACAACACUUGGUUUUCUGACGCUCUCAGGUUGGAGUAAGAUGACUUGAAUGUGAGGUAAAAGCCUAAGGCUAUCUGUGCUAGUGGUUGUUGGUUCAACUGAACGAAAGCGAUAAUACAUCAUACUGUAUAUGAAAUCCAGGAGGAAAUCUUACUGCUGAGCUUGUUUAUCUAAUAAAGUAAUUACUAGUAGUUUCCCUAGAACUAGGAAAGUCAUUAUCUAAAGUAGUCACAUCCUUUUAAGGGCACGUGUCAUAUUGAUCUGGUGGACAUUUACAUUUACAUUUAGUCAUUUAGCAGACGCUCUUAUCCAGAGCGACUUACAGUAAGUACAGGGACAUUCCCCCCGAGGCAAGUAGGGUGAAGUGCCUUGCCCAAGGACACAACGUCAUUUGGCAUGGCUGGGAAUCAUACAACUUGUCUACCAUUCUUGGAGAAGAGAUGUUGAAAGGUCCAUAUCACCAUGUUUUUUUAUAAUGAUUUAUUUUUGCUGAAAUGUUUGUGUUGGUUUUCACAACCAACACAAAUCUUUGAUUGAUUGUCUGAUUCUGAAUGUGAUUGAGUAUUUUUUUUUUAUAUUUCACUGUUAGAGUAUGUUUGCAUGGUUGUCGUUUGACCCAUAUUGUAAUUGAUCCUUGCUAUCUUUAAGACCCACACACACAUCAUUUUUUCCCUUCAUUUUACCAAUGACCAAUCACGCUGGUCCUCACAAACGCCUGUGUGUUGUUGCUGUGCUUCCUGAAGCUUUACACUCCAAAAUGUUUGCCAAUUUUCUACCGUUUUUUCUACUCAUUUAUUAUGUAUGAUCAUACAUAGGGUGAACAGAUGGUGUCAUCCAACACCGUUACAUCAUCAUUGUAGUUGCUGUAAGGGAGAAAACCCCUGUACGCUAUCAUCUGACUGCAAAGCAUGUGUUCCCAAUGGUGAAUAUUGUUACUGUAGAUAAUGGUGUAAACCCUGACUGUGCUUCAUACCAGCGUUACCAUGACUUGUGGGUUGCUCUCGCUCAGUUGAUCUGCUAUUCCCCAAAAAAACGUUGUGCAAACAUUACAUCAAAUGUGGCGAGUGCCUUUUCUGAAAAUAAAUAAUAACAACCUGUAGAAGCAAUUUGUUGCUUGAUGUAAUUUGCAUAAUUGCAUUAUUGUACUGUAUGUUGCAUACUCCCAUAGCAGUCAUUGUACUUGUACACCAGUCGUUAAC